AUGCCUGUGGUACCUCCGACUAUCAAUCUUAUUAGAUUGAAUAAACCUCCUAUUGAUAAAAAAAGAAAAUACGAAGCUGAAGAAUUUAGGGCCACAGCUAGUGAUGAUGCUAAACGGGCUGAAUUCUGGCUCGAUAAUACCAUUCGUGUCUUCGAUGAAUUAUCCUAUACUCCUGAUGAGUGCUUGAAAUGUUCUAUAUCAUUGUUACGGGAUUCAGCUUACUAUUGGUGGAACACUCUAGUUUCGGUUGUUCCGAAAGAGCGUGUUACUUGGGAUUUCUUUCAGAUAGGAUUUCGCAAAAAGUAUAUCAGUCAGCGAUUCAUUGAUCAAAAACGCAAAGAAUUUCUCAUGCUAAAGCAGGGUCGUAUGGCCAUAUCUAAUUAUGAGUGCGAUUUUGUGAGACUCAGCCGAUAUGCCCGAGAGUGUGUUGCUAUCGAGACUGCUAUGUGUAAAAGAAUCGAGGAAGGGCUGAAUGAAGACAUAAAAUUGCUUGUCGGCAUACUCGAAAUAAAAGAGUUCGUAGUACUCGUCGAGUGA